CGCCGAGCCACGUGACGGCGGAUCACAAGGUCGGCGGGGCGGUGGCUCCGCCCCCUCCCGCUCCCCCGUCACGUGAGCGGGGCGGCCGGGCCCCUCCCGGACAGCGCCGGGGCCGCCGCUCGCCAUGGGCUGCUGCUACAGCAGCGAGGCCGAGGCCUCCGACCAGGAAGAAGAGACGAAGCGGCUGCUGGAGCCGGCGGCCACCCCGCCCAAGGUGCUGAACGGCGCUGAGCAGAGUUACCACAGCCUCCCCUCGGCACGCACCGACGAGCAGGCCAUGCUCUCCUCCAUCCUCGCCAAAACCGCCAUCAACAUCAUCGACGUGUCAGCCGCGGACUCGCAGGGCAUGGAGCAGCACGAGUACAUGGACCGAGCGCGGCAGUACAGCACGCGCCUGGCCAUGCUGAGCAGCUCGCUGCCGCACUGGAAGAAGCUGCCGCUGCUGCCGUCUCUCACCAACCAGCCGCACCAAGUCCUGGCCAGCGACCCCGUCCCCUUCGCAGACCUGCAGCAGGUGUCCCGGAUCGCUGCCUACGCCUUCAGCGCCCUCUCCCAGAUCCGCGUCGACGCCAAAGAAGAACUGGUUGUACAGUUUGGCAUCCCCUGAGCCCCCCCCGCCCCGCUGCACCAUUUUGGGGGGGUUCUGGUUGGUUGUUUUGGGUUUUGUUUCCCCUCUUUUUGGUCUUUAUUUCGCCUCCUCACGGCACCGCGAUGGAACUUGUACAGAUGCCCCGUUUGCUACUAAUCGGCACCACGCUUGUCACCGGCGUGUCCCCCCCCCCGGACCUUCCUCUCCCUCCUGGGGGGUGGGCGGGGGGGUGGGGGUGCGUGGUGGGGGGACACACAUGACGCUGCGUCUCGCCAGGAUGGCACAAAGGGAACGCCGGCACGGUGAGGCCCCGGCACAGCCAGUGACACUGCGGGGGGGACCCGGUGGCUUCUGUCACUGUCCCCCCCCCCCAUUUUUACAUGUUUGAACCUUUAUUUGGCUGGGUUUGGUUUUUUCUUUUAAUUAUUAUUUUUGGCCACAGUAGAUAAAUCCACGUUCAGCCGGC